CGGGCCGAGGGGACGCGCGCGAGCGCCGGCAUGGGCCCCGCGGCGCGGCUGGCGGCGCUGCUGGCGCUGCUGGCGCUCCGGGCAGGGGACCGGGCAGGGGCCGCGGCGCGCGGGGACACGUUCUCGGCGCUGACCAGCGUGGCGCGCGCCCUGGCGCCCGAGCGCCGGCUGCUGGGGCUGCUGAGGCGCUACCUGCGCGGGGAGGAGGCGCGCCUGCGGGACCUGACCAGAUUCUAUGACAAGGUGCUUUCUUUGCAUGAGGAUUCGGCAACUCCUGUGUCUAACCCUCUGCUUGCAUUUACUCUCAUCAAACGCCUACAGUCUGACUGGAGGAAUGUGGUACAUAGUCUGGAGGCCAGUGAGAACAUCCGAGCUCUGAAGGAUGGUUAUGAGAAGGAGGAGCAGGACCUGCCAGCCUUUGAGGACCUUGAGGGAGCAGCGAGGGCCCUGAUGAGGCUGCAGGAUGUGUACAUGCUCAACGUGAAGGGCCUUGCCCGCGGCGUCUUUCAGAGAGUCACGGGCUCGGCUGUGACUGACCUGUAUAGUCCCAGACGGCUCUUCUCCCUCACAGCAGAUGACUGCUUCCAAGUUGGCAAGGUGGCCUAUGACAUGGGGGAUUACUACCAUGCCAUCCCGUGGCUGGAGGAGGCUGUCAGUCUUUUCCGAGGAUCUUAUGGAGAGUGGAAGACAGAGGAUGAGGGAAGUCUAGAGGACGCCUUGGAUCACUUGGCCUUUGCCUAUUUCCAGGCAGGAAAUGUUUCAUGCGCCCUCAGCCUCUCCCGAGAGUUUCUUCUCUACAGCCCAGAUAAUAAGAGGAUGGCCAGGAAUGUCUUGAAAUAUGAAAAGCUCUUGGCAGAGAGCCCCAACCAGGUGGUAGCUGAGGCUGUCAUCCAGAGGCCCAAUGUACCCCACCUGCAGACCAGAGACACCUACGAGGGAUUAUGUCAGACCCUGGGUUCCCAGCCCACACACUACCAGAUCCCUAGCCUCUACUGCUCCUAUGAGACCAACUCCAGCCCCUUCCUGCUGCUCCAGCCCGUCCGGAAGGAGGUCAUCCACCUGGAACCCUAUGUUGUUCUCUACCACGACUUUGUCAGUGAUUCGGAGGCUCAGAAAAUUAGAGGGCUUGCAGAACCAUGGCUACAGCGAUCCGUGGUGGCAUCCGGUGAGAAGCAGUUACCAGUGGAGUACCGCAUCAGCAAAAGUGCCUGGCUGAAGGACACCGUUGACCCAAUGCUGGUGACCCUUGACCAUCGCAUUGCUGCCCUCACAGGCCUUGAUGUCCAGCCUCCCUAUGCAGAGUAUCUCCAGGUGGUGAACUAUGGAAUCGGCGGGCACUAUGAGCCUCACUUUGACCAUGCUACGUCACCAACCAGCCCACUGUACAGAAUGAAGUCUGGGAACCGAGUUGCAACAUUUAUGAUCUAUGCAAUGAUUAGGAUGGGAAGUGGGGUCACAUUGGAAGCCAAGAGACCCUGGGACCUCACCGACACAGGAAGAGGACGUGAGAAUCUCUCUCUUUGAGGUCCCAUGGACUAGUUGGUGUUGAAAAGCAUGGACCUAUAGAUGAGGUUGUGGAGCUGCGAGGGGAAAGAGAGAAGAGAAACGAGGCAGCUAAGAUCACAAGAGGGAAGAACAGAGAGGCCUACAGAGAAAUUCAGUAAAUGUUGCCCUCUCACAUGUAGUGAAAAUUCUCUUCCUUAUCUCUCCAUAAAAUCUUCAGCAAAAUCUUCAUUACAGCCCUUUAAAAAAUAAAUUGGCGUCCUCUCCUAA